GCCGCUCCUCGCCCCACGCCUGCCUCCAGGACGCGCCGUGCGCUGCGGGGCUGAGCCCGGGGGGGGGCACGCAGGCGCCCGCCCCUCCGCCGCCGCCGCCGCCGCCUCCCCACUUCGACUCGCACGGCAACAGCCGCACGCCGGCGGCUCACGGUGAGCCCUCGCCCGAGCGCUCCGGGGAGGACGUGAACAGGAACGUCGUCUGCUCUGCGCCGCCGCCGCAUCCCCCCCCGCGCCGACCGCCGACCGCCGAGCAGCGCCCGUUUCCGGCCGGGAUCGCAGCCCCCGCCUGCGCGGCUCCGCAGCGCCGCAGCCCCGAGCCGGGGAUCGGCAGCCCGGGUUCCCCUCGCGCCCAGCACGGCGUCCCCGCGCCCCACGAGCAGCCUUCGGCCGGGGGUCACGCCGGGCACGGCGAGGGAUUGGGGUCCCGCACGGAGCCGCCGAGCUCCGAUGGAGAGGGGCCUCCCGGCAGCGCACGCAGCCGCCCCGCCGGCUCCUCCGAGACCACGUCGCCGUCCUCCGACCCCGGCAUCGAGGCCGACAUGACCCGGCGCACCGCCAAGGGCUUCCCGCCCGGCACCCGGCACCAGGGCCUGAGCUCGCCCGGCUCCGACUCGGACGUGGAGGGGGAGAUGGAGGCCUUCGGAGGGCGCCUGCUCAGCAACAUGAUCUCCUCCAUCUCGGAGACGGAGCUGGACCUGAGCAGUGCCAGCAGCAGCGGCCGCUCCUCGCACCUCACCAACUCCAUCGAAGAGGCGAGCUCGCCUGGCUCGGAGGGAGAGCUGGAGCCAGAGCUGGAGGCGCCCGGCGUGAUGGGCAUCAAGGGCGCGCUGCUGCGGGACGCGGGCAGGGAGGAGCAGGAGGCGCUGGAGCAGCGGGGCAGCCCGGCUGAGCUGAAGACGGAGGGGUACUACGACAGCCUGAACCCCACCGACCCCUCGGUGCCCCCCGAGCACACCGACGUGCCCUCCCCCGGCGCCCUGCACUUGGAGCUCGACCCCGACCACGGCCUGGAGAGCGUGCGGCGCUCUUUCUACUUGCCCGUGGGGCCCCCGCUGCUGCCUGCGGCUGACGACGACGACAACAGCGAGUACGACUCUGACUCGGAGUCGGAGCCCGACCUGAGCGAGGACUCGGACUCGCCGUGGCUGCUCAGCAACCUGGUGAACAAGAUGAUCUCGGAGGGCUCCUACCCCAUCAAGUGCCCCGACGAAUGCUUCCAGCAGCAACACUCGCUCUGCGACACCAUAUCUCCAGCGUCCGACCUGGAGCCCGAGCUGAGCGAGGCACUGGAUGCCGAGCCCCCCGGCCCCGAGGGGCUGCCCCGCACCCCGCGCCCCAUCGAGCUGGUGGACAUGGAGACGCUGCGCAGCUCCCUGCAGCGCGCUGAGGACCAGCGGGCGCUGGGGGCCGGAACGGAGCCGCCGUCGGAGCAAAACGCUGAAGAGCCGGGGCCGUUCCUCUUCCUGAGCAACCCGACCCACGACACCAUCGCUCCCGUCUUCGCGGGGCGCCCCGUCUCCAUCGAGCGGUUGGGCGGCAGCGGGGAAACCGCCGCCAUCGGCCGCCGCGGUCCCGUCAGCACCGCGGACGGCUCCUUCAGCACCGCGGACGGCUCCUUCAGCACCGCGGACAGCGCCUUCAGCACCGCGGACAGCGCCGCGGAGCGGAGCCCGCGCUCGGGCGUCCCGGAGGCCGGCGAUCUGAUCGACGCCGUCCGGUUACAGCCGGGGGGACGGGACUCCACCGCCACGGACGUCUCCACGGCCAAGACCAACCGCUGCUUUGCCGCGGCCUACGGGACAGAAGAGGACGCUGCGCCCCACCUGCGGGGAUCGCUGUUCCCCGAGGAGCUGCCGCCCGCCCUGGAGGCGCUGGAGCCGCGGGACGAGUCGCUGGCCUACGACGCGGUGAAGUACACGCUGGUGGUGGACGAGCACACGCAGCUGGAGCUGGUGAGCCUGCGGCGCUGCACAUCAGUGCUGAGCGACGACAGCGACCUGCUGCGGGCCUGCGAGCGCUGCGAGCUGGAGGAGGACGAGGCGGCCUUCGGCGACGGGCUGGCGGCCCCCGACGUGCACAGCUCCUCCGAGGACUCCUCCCCCGAGGCCGACCUGCAGUUCUCCAAAAAGUUCCUCAACGUCUUCGUCAACAGCACCUCCCGCUCCUCCAGCACGGAAUCCUUCGGGCUGUUCUCCUGCAUGGUGAACGGAGAGGAGCGCGAGCAGACGCACCGCGCCGUGUUCAGGUUCAUCCCGCGCCAUGAGGACGAGCUGGAGCUGGACGUGGACGACCCCAUCCUGGUGGAGCUGGAGGAGGACGACUACUGGUACCGCGGCUACAACAUGAGGACGGGAGAGAGGGGCAUCUUCCCUGCCUUCUACGCCCACGAAGUCAUCGGUCAGGCCAGGGACGUCAUCG